GGCUCCCCCCGGCGGCGCUCGCUCUGCUCCGCCCGGCAGCGGGGCCGGCCCGUGGCGAGGCGAGGCGAGGCGGCGCCGGGACUCUGCCCAGCCCGGAGCGGGAGCGGAGCUCGGGCUCGGCCGGGCCGGGCCUGGCCCCGUUGGGAUCCAGCCGCGCGGGCCGGCGGGCGAGACUCGGCGUGACUUCCCCGGGUCCCCGCGGAGCAGCCUCGCCCGGUGCCUGCCCGGCCCUUCCCGCCGGCAGCGGAGCUCCUCGGGCCCGGGGCGCUGCCCCGGGCGGGCGCGCGGGGAAACGCUCAUGUCCGCCCCUGGGCCGCGGUGAGGGGCGAGCUCCAGAUCCUCUCGCCCGGCCGAGCUCCGGCUGCGCCUGGGCCGGGAACAAAGGGCCAUGGCCGAGCGGGCCGCUGCCCAGGGUCCAGAACUGGAUGCAGUGACACAGUGCCCAUCUCCUUUACCGCCUCCCAUUGUCCCUGAACGAACGUUUGAAAGAGAAACUCAGACUGCAGAGAUUUCUCUGACUGUUGUGGCAGCAAUUCAAGCCGUAGAGAGGAAGGUGGAUUCUCAUGCCACACGAUUGUUGGAUCUGGAGGGGAGAACUGGGAUGGCUGAGAAGAAAUUAAUAGACUGUGAGAAAACAGCAGUGGAGCUUGGCAACCAGUUGGAGAGUAAAUGUGCUGCACUAGGAACUCUGAUCCAGGAGUACGGGCUACUGCAGAGGAGGCUGGAGAACAUGGAGAACCUGCUGAAGAACAGGAACUUCUGGAUCCUGAGACUCCCCCCAGGCACUAAUGGAGAAGUCCCCAAGGUGCCCGUGACGUUUGAUGACGUCUCAGUCUAUUUCAAUGACAAGGAGUGGGAGAAACUAGACGAAUGGCAGAAGGAACUGUACAAGAAUGUAAUGAAGGGCAAUUAUGAAUCUUUGAUCUCCUUAGACUCUGCAAUUUCCAAACCUGGUGUUUUGUCACAUGUCGAACAAGAAGUAGAGUCCCGGGUCAGAGGGCAGCAGGACUCAGAUGAGGAGAGAGAAAUCCUUACUGACCCCAGUGCAGGUAUAAGGGUUGUGAUCAAAACAGAGGAGAUUAAUCCUGAGGACUCCCCUGAAAACCUGGAGCUGGACAGAAUGUUGGAACGAUCAGAAGGAAGUUUCCAGAAUCCAGACCAGGAAGUAACCCAUGGUAGUCCGUAUGGCUCAGUAACGCCUCCAAGAAAACACUCAGGGAACUGUCUGGAUGAGUCCACCGACUAUAAAACAGAUUUCAGCGAAAUCAGAAGAGUCAUUGUUCAGCAGGGUAACUGCACAGAUGAUGGGAUUGUGAUCAAAACCGAGGAGGAGGAGGAUCUUGACACCCUGGAGCCAUAUGCCAUGUUCUCGGGCAGAGCAGAGCAGCAGAUUUUCCAGAAUCGUGAGCCGGGGACAACCUGUGAGGCUCAGUGCAGUUCCAAAAUGCAACAGAGAAACCUAGUCGGAAACAGGCCAGGGCAACCUGCUCCCUGUGAAAGAGACUCCAGUGAAACGAAGACGGUCAUCGUCCACCAGAGAAACCGCACCAGGGAAAGACCUUAUAUCUGCCCUGAGUGUGGGAAAAGCUUCAUGCUGAAGAUCAACUUUAUAAUCCACCAGAGGAACCAUCUCAAAGAGGGGCCCUACGAAUGUAAUGAGUGCGACUUAAGCUUCAGGAUCAAGCAGCAAUUUAUCCUGCACCAGCGCAGCCACACGCGCCGGGGCGUUGGCCCCGCCCGGCGUGUGGAGAACUUCAGAGACAAGCACAGCCUCAAGCCAGAGCAGAGAGCGCCACCGGCAGGGAAACCCUAUAAAUGCACAGAGUGCGAGAGCAGCUUCAGCCACAAGUCGAGCCUCAGCAAACAUCAGAUCACACACGUGGGGGAGCGGCCGUACACAUGCAGCGAGUGCAGGAAGAGCUUCCGGCUGCAGAUCAGCCUGAUCAUGCACCAGAGGAUCCACACUGGGAAGAGCGAGAUGUCCUUCAUAUGCCCUCAGUGCGGGAAAAACUUUAGUCGCCCCUCCCAUCUCCUCAGGCACCAGAGGACUCACACGGGGGAGCGGCCCUAUAAAUGCACCCAGUGCGAGAAAACCUUCAGUGAGAAGUCCAAGCUUACCAACCACUACCGCAUCCACACGCGGGAGCGGCCGCAUGCCUGCACCGAAUGCGGCAAAGGCUUUAUCCGCAAGCACCACCUGCUGGAGCACCAGCGCAUCCACACUGGGGAGCGACCCUACCACUGCACUGAGUGCGGCAAGAACUUCACUCAGAAGCACCACCUGCUGGAGCACCAGCGGGCUCACACCGGCGAGAGGCCCUACCCCUGCACUGAGUGCACUAAGUGUUUCCGAUAUAAACAGUCCCUUAAGUACCACUUGAGGACGCACACGGGGGAGUAGGAGCCAAUGGGAGCUGCACCCACCUGGGCAUUUGAGUCAGGAGUCUUUGUGGAAGGAAGCAGUGGUGUAACAGUGUGUAGGGACUGAUAAUUCGAUGUAAAGCAAAUAACAUGCAGCAAAAUGUAAAAGAACAGAAAAAGCGAAUUUAGGGUAAAUAUUCAUCAUAAUGUACAGGCUAUUUUGCUGAAGUAGGACUAACUGCUUUUUAAAUCUAUUCCUUUUGAUAAUAAAUGUGAAGUAACUUUUAUUUGAUAAGCAAAUUUAAGAUUUCAGUUUUUUUAAAUAUAUAAUUUUACACUGUACAUCGUACCUUUUUAAUCUGGAAAAUCCCAAAGUGGUUUACAUGCCUUCUACAGGGAUCGUGUCACAUGCUGCUGAGAUGCAGCUGCCCCCGGGUGAGACAUGGCAUCUCUUUAACUGUGCACAGCAAUAGUAUGUGUUCCAAUCCCGGUCGAGAUUGUUAGUAUAUCCGCACAGAAACUACAAAAGAUUUUGUAUGGAUUAUUAGGUGUAAAAUGAUAAAGGAUGGCUUGCCCUAACACAAUCAUUAAUUAUACAAUACAGUGGAAUCCCAGUCACAUUAAAAUAGUCGCAAAAAGAAGAACAGGAGUACUUGUGGCACCUUAGAGACUAACAAAUUUAUUAGAGCAUAAGCUUUCGUGGGCUACAGCCCACUUGUCACCUGGAAGCCAGCCAGCCAGCCACCUGUUUAUCGUUCUGGGAAGGUAGACAGUGUAAAGUGGAAAUUUGUCUAGCUGACUGAUGUAAACGCCCCUGCUCUUGCAAUGAAAAGGACCUACUCAGUUAUCCAGUAUGUCUCCCUGCCAACACAUGAUGUUCCCAAGUGUGUCGGUCAUUCUAAUUUCAAAUGACCCAAGUGGUAAAGUUUCCACUGCAUCCCUUGGCCAGCUGUUCUCAGCUGCUCCAUCUCCGCGUUAGAAAGUUUGCAGAUAUAUGCUAACUCUCUAAUGGGCUUUAUGGUCAGGGCUUUGGUGUUCUAUUUCAUCUGAAAGAGCACUGCCCUGGGGCAUUGGCUCAGUGCAUGUUCAUUCAGUAAGGGCUGGGAGAACCUUGAUGAGUGUGUGGAUCCUUGGAGGAGUCCUCCCAGCCCUAGUUUCACCACAGGGUUCAGACUGAUGUGAAGCCAGGUGCUGGUUUUCCUGUACAGUGUCCCUGUCUAGUGUGUCCUGCUGUGAAUGGGAAAAAUCAACAGCAGCACAGGGUGAGGUGGCUGUGUCUCCGGUGCUCUUCUGUGUGUGUGUUGGGGUAGAAGAGAGGGCUCUGAAUCUCCUGCAGCCCAGGGACAGGGUGGAAAUAGGAAUAAAGCCUUUGGUUGGGUUUAGGAAACAUCCCUUGCUAGAUCCGGUUGUGUCCAGGUCAGUAGGUGUUUCCCAGGGAUCCCCCGAAUGGUGAAUAUUCAGGUGUUGAAUUUCAUUUUAUUGUCACACUGGAGUCAGUGGAGAGUGAGGGACCAAUAGAUCUUCAUACUGGGCUAUAAACAAUCCAGCUUUGUGCUACUGGAUUACUCAUUCCUCCCAGUGCCUUUUUCUGAAAUACUUACAGCUCUGUGAUUAUUCCAGGGCUGUCAUUUCAUGAUUCUUGCAGUUCACAUGAUUAGUGGCAUCAAAUUUAAUUUUAUUGGCUUUUGUCACAGAUUAAAUCUAGAGAAAUUUGAGCUGAAAAGUCAUAUUAGUCUGUACAGUCCACGCCUGGGUGCCAAUGUAGAAUCCUCUCCUAUUGGAUGAAAUUCUCCCCUGUGCAGAUGGCCAGCAAUUGGGUGAGUUAAGUAGGAUUUUAGUGGUGCCAGCGCCUUAUUCUGGCCUGACCAUAGAUAAAUUGCACCCGUUUGGACAAUAUCUUCAAUAAACCAUGGCGUUUUUUUUUAAACUGUUAACAUGUUUUUCAGACUAAAUUGUGUGCUACCUAAAAAUAAGCAUCUCAUUAGAGGUAUCAAUGUAUGUUCUAUUUAUAUAAAGUGUAAUGUAUUAGCUAGCUAUGCACUGACUCUAUCUUACGCACUUAUGUGGCCCCAAUUAUCAUCGUAUCUAAGUACUUUACAACCUGUAAUGUGUUUAUCCUCUCUCACUCUGUAAGGAAUUGAACUCCGGUCCUAUACGUGCUAAGCAACAGCCCUAAUCAGUGGACUACCCUUGCUAAGUGGGCCUUACAACCUGAUUUCGCAAUAGAGCAUUUCAUUGCAAAUUGCAGUUGUACCUCCCUCCCCCAAAUUAUAAUACCACAUAUUUCCUCUGGCUGUUUUAAUUGCAUGGCUCUAAUGCUUGGAAUUCUCUUCUUCCAGAUAAAAUACAAGCAUUCUGGAUCAAGAGAAUUUAAAAAGUAACAAGAUAUGCUACGCUACAAAGAUAUUGGGAACCAGUAAACCCAGUCAGGGAUACGGUGGUCAGGGACUGUCUCAGCAUUUGAACGAUGGACUCACUGCUGGGUGUCCAUACUAUUUGGAGACUGGCCUGUUCUGUGAGCUCUUCCCCUGUGCAGGUGGUGCUGCUCAUGCCCAGAGCUGAGGAAGAAUCUUCUCUGGGUUUUGCUUUAAAUGGCUACAGGCUGGUUCCCAGGCUGCACUCUGUCUCGUCAGCAUAGCUGCUGUGCCCAUCGCCUAGCGAGGAGAAACUGGGACUGCCCAGGCCAGCAUGGGAGAGGGAGAGUUGGGGAAACACUAAUGUCCACCCCUGUGCAGAGAUGAGGGGGUGAGAUCUGGAGUCCUCCUGCCCCACUGAGUUCCAUCUGCAUCUGGGCUUGGGAAGGUGGAUCAUGGCUGAACGUGGGCUCCUGAUCAGGUGAGCGAUUUAAUCUAGGAUCUGAAAGCAUAAAGCUGUAUUACCUCAGCUGAGAGACCCAGGUCUAUUGGCUCAAAGACUGUAGCAAACUCAGACUUGUGUGUUGUCCAGCUAGUAGAAAGGGACAGCCCUGGCCUGUGAGCAUUGGCUGCACAUGCAACACAACUCCACUCUCAGGUGGGGAAAGACAAUUGUGAUGUACGUUCCAGACUGCAUACGUAUUAUUUUUAAUGUCACGCUUGGAAGGAGGUUUCCUUUUUCCAGACUGGUAAUCCUUUGACUCAGACCAGCCAUCCGAAACUUUAGGGGCCGUCAUUGUUUCACUCUCUGUAUUUAAGUUUAAAUUAAACCCAUAGCAUCAAGUUCUGCUCUCAUUUUCGUACAGGCACUGAAUGCAGCCGUUAGAAGAAUUUGGCUCUAUUUUCUCAGUAUGUUUUUAAAUUAAAGUUCCUUCCUAAGUGUUAAAGAUUUAAGAAUGUUUCUCUUAUUGUCAUGACACAUGGGCUGUGGGUCCCUCUGAGAUGAGUAUUUUUCAGUGGAAUUGGUUUAUUCUCAAGUUAUAGGUGCUUGGGUGAAGGAGUUUGUAGGCUUGUGCAGAAGCUGCUUUGCAAACCAAUGUAAACCGAACAUACUGAACC